AAGUUUUUUAGACAUAAAAAAAAAAAAUAAUAAAUAAUAAUGCAAAAAUACUCUUGUUUACUUUAUUAUAGUAUAUAGUUAUUAAUUCUUGAACAUUAGGGUGUGUUUAGGGCUAAUUCUAAUAAGGGAUCGGUUAGGGCAAAUUCAGGGCUAGCCCUAAGUCAAAUAGAAUUUUCUGGAAAUUCUGAAAUAAAAAGAGUUAACGGAAUGAUUUUAUAAAUCCGCUAUUCUUAAAGCGUGGUUAAAGUAGUUCGGAAUUAAAUUUGGUCUUUUAGAAUUAAGUUUGUAAACUUAAGUUUAUUGUCAUAAUUCGCUGUAUAAUAUGAUUAAAAUUUCAUUAUUAUUAGUUUCAUUAUUUAGUUAAAACAAUCCUAAUGAUUGUCUUAAAUUAUAAUAACGACAAAAUAUUUUAUACUUACAGUUCUUAAAAAAAAAUGGCUUCGAGAAAUGAAAGAAGGAAACGUAGUAAUAAAAUGGAAACUUUCAUAUCGAGAUUAAAAGAUGAAACUGUCAACUAUUCGACACAGUUUGAAGCAGAUGCAGAAGAGCAAAAAUUAACAAUUAACGAAGAUUACUUUGAUGAAAGUGCUUCUACUUUUUUUGAUGAUGUGAUGGGAAAAUUUGAUUUAGUUGAGGAUACAAGCUAUGAAAGCGAAGUGCCAUUGGAAGACAACGAUGAAAGUAACAAGAAAUCCAAGGGCGAUUUCUCAUCCCUUCAUACAAAGUUGUUAUACUUCUGUUUACUGUAUAAACUCAGCAAAAGUGCAAUACUCUGUUUGCUUACGAUUUUAAAUGAGGAAGGUGUUGAUGUUCCUAUUUCUGUAUAUCUUUUCAAAAAACCUCAAGUGGCUACGAAGGUCCAGGUCCUAAAGAAUUCUCUAAGCUGCGGUGGAAACUUUGGUUACUUGUCAAUUUUUGAAAAUUUAUCUUACUGCAUUAAAAAUAGUCUAGUAACAUUCAAGACGCAAUAUGUAAAUCUUAAAAUUAAAGUUGGAAUUGAUGGUAUACCAAUAUUCAAAAGCUCACCUGUACAUAUCUGGCCAAUAUUAUUCAUUAUGAGAAAUGUAGGUUUUAAUAAACCUUUUCCCAUUGCUGUUUAUGCUGGGUUAAGCAAGCCUAAUUUUUCUGGGUUUAUUGAGAAAUUGCAUGAAGAGUUAGUUCUUUUUAAAUCUUAUGUUAAUGUAUCUGGCUUUUUUAUUAAAAUAACUAAUGUUUUAUUUAUAUGCGAUGCGCCAGCAAGAUCUUAUUGUCAAUGUGUAAAAGGUCACUCUGGAUAUAAUGCUUGUCCAUACUGCAGAAUUCCAGGUGUGUAUGCUACUAAUAAAGUCAUUUUUCCAUAUGGUGGUAUAUAUCCUUCUCGUACUGACUGUGAUUACAAAUCGUUAUCUGAAUCAAACCAAUUAUUUUUAUCUCCGCUUACAGAAGUUGCAAAUUUAAAUUGUGAUUUUCCACCUGAAUAUAUGCAUACAGUUUGUCUAGGUGUUAUGAGAAGACUUGUAGUCUCAUAUUUUUCAAAUAAAUAUGGCAGAUUAAACUGUUGGGUAAGUGAAAAUCUGAAAGAACUCUUAGAAGAAAGAGUUAAAUUGUGGCAUAGCGCUUUACCAUGUGAAUUUCAUCGGAAAAUAAGAUCUUUUCGUAACAUGCAUUAUUUUAAAGCUACCGAGUUUCGAACAAUUUUACUUUAUACAGGUCCUCUUCUUUUUAAAGGUAUCAUUCCUUUAAAAUACUAUAAUCAUUUUUUGUAUCUGCAUUUCGCUAUGUAUGUGUUUAUUGGAACAUCACACACACACUAUUAUGACAAUGCUACUUCUUGCAUACAACAUUUUCUCCAUAAUUUGAAAGAACUUUUUACUGAAAGUGCUUAUACCUUCAAUGCACAUAUGCUUUCACAUCUACCAGAAUUUGUGCAAGAACUAGGACCAUUAGAUAAGUUUUCUGCUUUUCCUUUUGAAAAUUAUUUGUAUCUAAUAAAGCAACGUGUAAAAACUGGAACUUAUGUGUUUGAACAGUCUAUUAACUCUGUUUUAACUAUUAGAAGUUUAUAUUCCAAUCAACCACAAAAAGAUUUAGUUUUCUCCAAUAAAUAUCCCAAUAAUACUGCUCUCGUUGUUUAUAAUUCAAAUAUCGUUCCAAUUAUUAUAACUUCUGUUAGUGACACUUAUGUUGCUUCUGGAUCCUUGUUAAUAUUUAAAUCAGAUUUGUAUGAUCAUCCCUAUCCAUCUAGUUCAAUUGGUAUAGGUAGAUAUAUUAUGUCUAAUAUCGUUGUAACUGAUGCAAAGAUCAUUAAUAAAUGUAUUUCUUUUCCUGAUGGCAACGAGUACACUGUUAUACCAUUUGCGAAUGUUUUCAAGAGUUGACACUCAAUGAUUGUGUAAUGAGUCCAUCAUUUUAUUUUUAUUUUAGUAUUAAUUCUUUUGUUUUUAUGUUAUUGUAAAUUUUUUUUACAUUGGUUACAUAUAUGAAAUACAACAUACAUAAAAUAAAA